AAUAUUUGGAGUUUAAAAUCUCAGUCAUUCUUUCAUUGUUCGUUAAUCACAUUUUGGUAAGGAAUGCUGGAAAGCCAGUGACAUCCCAAAUGGAAACGGUCUUUCUCUGGACCACCACGCAUCUACUGCAAUGUACAGAGUUGCAUGUUUUUGCAAUGGUUUUUUUGUUUGUUUUGCAAGAGUCCUGUUCAUCUUGCAUUAGAUGCACUGCAAGCAACUGUUGCUUAGCUAAAACUUCUAGUUUCCAGCCUGCGGGUGUAUGGCCCCAUGGUGAGAACUUAAUAGCAAGCAGAAGCAGGGCAGCUCCUGUUCUGUGUGGGCACAGGUGUGGUGGGGCAGCCCACAGGUGCUCGUAGCGAGGCUGAUGUCCUACAUCUGGGCCACCUUACAGCAAAGAGGCAUUGGUGUUAACAGACCUUCUUAUUACCAAUGGUGAUUCCAAAGGGGAAGGAGGCCUGACUUUCCUUCAUGACACAGAAGCCCAGGCUGCCUUUCCCCUUUCACAGACUGUUUCUGAAUACGCUGUUCUUCCAAAAACAUUUUCUGCUGCUUCUGGCUUUUGCUGCAUGAGAGGAGCCCAAGCACUUUGAUGCCUUCCAGGAUUGGCCGGAUGGCUACGUGCGCCUCAUCUACUCCAGCGAGGAGAAGAACGCACAGAGGCACCUCAGUGGCUGGGCCAUGCGCAACACCAACAACCACAACUGCCAGAUCCUCAAGAAAUCCUGUCUGGGGGUGGUGGUGUGCGCCAGGAGCUGCGCCCUGCCCGGCGGUGCCAGGCUGCAGUUGCGCCCCGCCAUAUGUGACAAGGCUCGACAGAAGCAGCAAAAGAAAGCCUGUCCAAACUGCAACGCGGCCCUUGAGCUCAUUCCUUGCCGAGGGCACAGUGGCUAUCCGGUCACUAACUUCUGGAGGCUGGAUGGCAAAGCAAUAUUUUUCCAGGCUAAAGGAGUCCAUGACCACCCUAGGCCAGAGAGUAAAUUGGAGGCAGAGGCAAGGCGAAGUGCAAUUAAGAAGCAAAUAUCCUCUUCUCACCAGUCCCAGAAAAAGAGACCUCUAAACUCAGAGGUGGGAAGAUACCAUGAUAGCAGUGGUUACGUCAAUAACAUGCAGAAUCUGCCCUGCAUGGAUGGCCCAGAAAGAGUCAGCAUCAUCACAGACACCAGUUUUUCAAUUCCAACUCAGUCUUACCCCUGGCCACAAAACGCUGACCUCUACAAAGCACCUUAUGACUCAGCCAGCUUCCAAGAGGACCAGCUAUCGCCAUACCAGAAGUGCCCCAAUCCAAGGAUCUAUGUGUCCAGACCGUGCAGCUAUGAGUUUGGAGUUCCUACUUUUAUAAGCUCCAGUCCUUACCCAUCAUUUUACAAAGAUCCAACAAAUCCUCCCACUGAUGCUGACCCCAUCAAUUUGAAUGGAUCUCACUAUAGUUCUUUGGCCAGCAAUGACAAGAUCUUUGAUAGUACUGGUAGGCUUUAUGGAUUGAAACCAGUUCGGGGGAAAACUGCCGACAGAGAAAGGAGCGACUAUGGUCAGAUGCAAACAAGGGCUAACCACCCUUAUUAUUGUGGUGAGUACCCCAGCAGGUAUGGUACCAGCCCCUCUCCCAUAGCCCCACCAUUACAAACCGUCAUCACGACUACCACAAAAGUGUCCUACCGGGCCUACAAGCCAUCUGCGCUGAAAUGCAGCAACAACCUCUGCGAUAUGAACAAUCUUCAGAGCUAUACCCACGUGGCUGAAAACGUUUCGGGUGCUAUCUAUUCAGGGAUGAAGAAUCAGGAAGAUUUUGGGAUGAUCAAGUCAGCGUUGCUCUACCAGCAUGAUGCAAUCCCUGCAAAGGCUGAACCAGCUGAGAGCGUGGAGACCUAUCGGUAUGGGCUACCACUGGGGAACAGCUAUGCUGAGCAUGAAGGACAGGACUUAAGGUUGGAAAGUGCUGAAUAUUGGCUAAACACUGCCUAAAUGACAUCAGAAUGAUUAACUCAAACUGGGAAAUAAAUGCGUGACUGCACUGACCGUAUGCAUGGCUUGGGAAUUGAGGAGAAGUGAGGAAGCAGUGUGUUGCAACAACUUAUCCCCCAGAAUUGCCUUUCUGGCACUGAGUGAAGCAUACUGCCCACAAAAUUUCAAUAUGUCUACCAUUAAAAUGGUAUGAGAUGUCCAGCCCCAAACAGGUGAAGGUUGUGCGGAGGCACGGCACCUGUGGAAGCAAAUGGCCUCUGCUGGAGGCUGCGAUUUGCUUACAGCCACCACUCCUGCCUGAGGCUGCGGGCUUGGAGGGGUGCGGUGCUCCAGCUGUAAAAAGAAAACGCUCCCCAGGGGAUAGGAAAAGAUGAUGAUGGAGGUGGUGUAGAUUGCGGUCAAUGGAAAGAAGAGAUGGUAAGACAACUUGCAGGAUAAUCCACCUGAAUGAUCCAUUCACCUGCCACAUUCCUGAUGAAUAGAAGGACUAAUUGUCUUUUUCUGAAAAAAAGAAAUGAUAAAACUUCAUGGAAGCUGCUUUUUUGUUUGACAGCAGCAGGCUAAUGUGAAUGCACCUUCCUGGUUACCUUUCUUCUCUCUGCCUCACCAUUAGGUCUUUCUUUCCUCCAAGGGAUUUCUCCUAGCAUUUUUUUUCCUCUCUGCAAUCAACCUCCCAUGACAGUGGCGGUCUACUGGGAAUGAAGCAACUGACAAAAUGAGAGGCCAAAAAACAAUUUCCAGAGACCCUGAGCUAAACAAAAAAAGUUGCAUCCCCAGAUUCUCAGAUAAUUGAAUUCAUUCUCCAAUAGGCCCAAAAUAAAUACUGCUUGUUUAAAUAUUAUGCAUUUUGGAAGCUGUCUAGUACUGUGUAACGAAAACCAUACCUAAACAAUGUAUGCCUAGCAAGAAAGCUAUGUAGACUGGGGUUUAGUCAGGGUGACAGCAUUUAUUAUUAAUAUUAGUUACCAAGUAUUUUAACUUUUUGGAUGCUCAUAUAUUUUGGAAAAAUAUGUUUUUAUUAUGCGUUGGCUAUGUUUUAAGUAACAGCCUGCUACUGUGUGCUUUUAAUAAAUACGCAUUUAAAAACAAGAUAACAUAAACUAACAUAAGCAACUGGCUAGUUGGCUUCGACAUGCAGAACCUUGUAGUGCUGUCAUAAACCAGUAACCAAAUCUUAUUUGUAAAGCAUGGUGUACAAACUCUUGGGUUUUUAAAAAAGUCACACAUAAUAAGUAUUUCUUUCUUUAACUUUGUAUUUUUAUGAAAACAAUAUAUGCAGUCUGACACUUGAAAUUGAUUCCCACAGGAAUUCAGUGAACAGCAUCCUGUUUCAGUAGUGGGUGGUUGUUCAGCAUUUUGAAAAUUCAAGCCUCUUGCAACUAGAAUUUAUCAAAAGACUAAAUUAAUGUAUCUGUGUCAAAUUUGCAUUGAUUUCUAAUGUAUUUGCUGUCUACCUCACUGGGCUCUUUUAAAAUUUUAUGGCAGUUCUUCCAGGUGCUUCAGAUUACAGAAAAAGAACAGAUUCAUGUGAGCAACAUCAGUUUGGUAAUUAGCCCACAUACUAAGCUAAGAAAAUAACAAGUUACCACCCAGAAAGGCUGAGCCAAAGUUUGAGUUUAUAAGUAUAUAAUGCUAUCCCUGUACACAGAACUGAGAUUUUUCUUCUGUACUCCAAAAUAUAUUGAGUCAUUUGGGCUGUAGAAUAAAAAUUAAGAUAUAAAGCCUUCUAAACUUAGAAGGAGAAAAAAAAUAAAGUGAAGCAAAUUGACUAAAAAAGAUGAGAUAAUAUUCACAGCAGAUCCCAAACUUCAUGAAAAUCUUAAACAAAGAUGUAAGCUGCUCCAUUUUGUAUUGAUUUUGGAGAAAUUAGACCACUGCAACUUAUGCUUUGAAUGUGUUAAAAUGCUAGGAUAGGCUGUGGGGAUUUUGUGCUGUUAAUAUACUGGUAUAAAGUUUGUUGCUGUACCUAUAUGCUUAAAUUGUUAUGCUAUGCUCUUGAAAUGCUUCCUUUUAAGCAGCACUUGGCUGCAUUUUCUCAACUGAUGUACCACCUGUGUUAGGAUGCUACUUUUUGGAUGUGGAUUCCUGUCUAGUAAACACAACAACUGUUUAACACGGUACAAAGACAGGGUAGCAAUUACCUCAUCACAUCCACUUGAGCAAAUAAAAAAUCCCUGAAGGUUAUUGCAGCCUUUCUCUACACCGACACCACUGCCUUUUGUGCACAAGCAUCUGCAACAACCUGUCUGUUCAAUACCCUUUGUGGUUAAAAGAUCAGAUGGAUACAAUCUAGUGCAGCACAUAGUUUUCUCUCCAAAAUAUAGCAAUUUGAAAGCAAUGUUAGCUUCCGUACACAAACAAAAAAAGCUGAAAUCAAACGCCUCUUUGCUGUUUUAUAUAGCUGCAGAAUUAUCUUUAAAAGUCUGCUUCCCAAGCAAAGCAGCAUCCUUGAAGAAAGAUGUGCUCCCUUCGGUCCUUGAGUAGCUGCUUUUCCAUUCAUCGUACCAUUCAGAUGGGGUUUCUGGCCCUUCCUCGAGCACAAGAGAGGAGUGUAUGGGCCACCCGCAUCCUGUGCCACGGCAGGCAUCCUCACCUAACAAAUUCCAGUUGUCACAGCAAAGCUGAGGAGUGGAAAAAAUGUGCUUUCAGAGCUCAGCCACCUGUGGCUCCGGCUUUGUAUGGACAACAAGUGCCCUACUGAGGCGGAGCACCAGCUGUCCCCAGGCUGAGGAUGCCCUUUUUACUCAAAAAAGCAGCCUUUUAAUGGCAAGGUUUAAAAGCACAAGUGUGUUGAAUGGAUCCCUUCCAGAGACAAGAGGCUUCUCGAUGAUGUUUCUCAACACGUGUACCUGCCAGGCGUGGCCAUGUGUCAUGGACCUGAUGUGGGCACCUGUAUGUGGGCAUUGCCACCUGGUCCCCUCUGCUGCUAGCCCCUGCCCUCAGCAGCAGGUCCUGCCAGGGAGACAGAGCCUGGCAGCCCAGCAUCUUGGGUCUGCUGAGCUCACUGGUGUCUCUCCUCCUCUGGGACACCCAAUGGGGAGGUCUUCAUGAUCUCUGCGGACAGAUGCAAGUGUUCCUCUGAGCUCUACAGGUGGGAA